GCUAACCUUAUCCUCCGAAUUUCAUCACAAAAGUAGCGGUGGUUCAGACAGAUUAAACCCUCAUUUCUGUCCCUCUCUUCCACUCUAAUUCAUAGGCAAUAAUGCAAAUUUCUCUCAGCAAUUUAGCCUUCAAGACCCCUCAACUCUUCCCAUUCCACCAACACUUUUUCCCUCCAAAGCCACUGAGCCACCAAGUUUCACUGCACACCCAUGUCAAUGUCCUGAAAGGGUCGGGGUUUUUGUCCGAAAUCAGCAAAGCAAUUGAUCACGAAGAACAGUACCGGAUAGCCCGGUCACAGGUUAACCGCAAAGUUUUGGACUUGGAAGGUUAUUCCAUUGAGGGUCUUUCAGUUGGGGGCCAAGAGACAUGUAUCAUAAUCCCUGAAUUCAAGUGCACUUUUGACAUUGGGAGGUGCCCUAGCAGAGCCAUUCAGCAAAACUUCCUUUUCAUUACUCAUGCUCACCUUGAUCACAUUGGAGGGCUGCCUAUGUAUGUAGCUAGCCGUGGUUUGUACAAUUUAAAACCUCCCACUGUGUUUGUGCCUCCUUGCAUCAAAGAGGAUGUUGAGAAGCUGCUUGAUAUUCACCGAACAAUGGGGCAAGUUGAAUUGGAUGCUGAAGUGGUCGCAUUGGAUGUGGGGGAGACGUAUGAGAUACGGAAUAACCUUGUUGUCCGACCAUUCAGAACACAACAUGUUAUACCCAGCCAGGGUUAUGUAGUUUACUCAAUCAGGAAAAAGCUGAGGAAACAAUAUGCCCACCUGAAUGGGAAACAAAUUGAGAAAUUGAAGAAGUCAGGUGUUGAGAUUACAGACAUUAUAUUAUCUCCUGAGGUGGCCUUCACUGGUGAUACAACAUCAGAUUUUAUGCUUGACCCAUGUAAUGCUGAUGCAUUGAGAGCAAAAAUUCUUAUAACUGAGGCAACUUUCCUAGAUGAUUCAUUCAGCAUAGAUCAUGCCCGGCAACAUGGUCAUACACAUUUAUUUGAGCUCAUUGCAAAUGCACAGUGGAUUCGCAACAAAGCAGUUCUAUUGACUCAUUUUUCAUCAAGAUAUACUAUAGAGGAUAUUCGUCAAGCUGCAUCAAAAUUGCAGUCCAGGCUGUCCGCCAAAGUGGUUCCUCUUACAGAAGGCUUCAGAUCUAUGUACUCUUGAGUGUUCAAACUCCAUUCAAUCUUUACCAAUUACCACCAUCAGUACAUUAGUUGUAUCUUCGUUUCAUAGUUUUUUGUAAAUUAGAGAUGUAUAUUUGUUUUCUUUGUUUUAUUAAUUUGUAAGCUUUCUUUUUAUUUAUAAGAAACGGAGUAGCACGAAUGAGUAGGGUGACUACCCUUAUGUUACUUCAGUUAGUACAGCGUUCAAGAUUUUGUUUCGCCCAACAUCAAGUCUGUUUCACAUUUUGUUGACACAGGUUUUUUUUACUAA